AUAGCGAGAGCACAUCCGGGCCUCUGCCCUCAGCGUCCCCGGCCCCAAGAUGGCUACCUUUUGGCGUCUCUGGCGCUGUUGAAUGGAGAAAGCUUUAUUGUUCCCUUCGGGCAGGAGUGUUCGUGUCCUCUAUGGCGCUGUCAAUAAAGAACGGCAGUUUGAAUCGGUACUGAACAGGGCUGAUCCUCGCUAGGUGGAGUCUGGAGGGAGAGAGGAAGGAGUCGAGGGCGGAUCUACACCAUGGAACUCCCCAACUACAGCCAGCAGCUGCUGCUGCAGCUCUACGCCCUGUGCAAGGAGCAGCGCUUCUGUGACUGCACCAUUUCCAUUGGCAACAUCUACUUCAGGGCCCACAAGCUCGUCUUGGCAGCGGCCAGCCUCCUGUUUAAAACCUUGCUGGACAGCACAGAUGCCAUCUCCAUCGACGCAUCUGUGGUGAGCCCCGAGGAGUUUGCCCUCUUGCUAGAAAUGACAUACACUGGCAAGCUCCCCAUGGGCAAACACAACUUCUCCAAGAUCAUCUCCUUAGCAGAUAGCCUGCAGAUGUUUGAUGUGGCUGUUGGUUGUAAAAAUCUUCUGACCAACCUUGUAAACUGCUCUGUCCAGGGGCAGGUGGUAAGGGAUAUCUCAGUGCUGUCCUCAGAGGCAGGUGGCAAGGAAUCAGAGAAACCUCAAGUAGAAGUCAUUUCUUCUGAAGGUCCUGGGGAGCUCUCUUCUUCCCUGGAAGUUUCUACCAUGCCAGCAGGCCCCGAGAAAGCCAAGACCCAGGAGAUGAAUUCAGAUCCUCCCGUUGUUCAGGUGGCUGCAGAAGUCACAGGGGUGACUCUUCACACAGCUGGAGUUUGUUCCCUUUCCCCUGCUGGACAGAUCCCAAGUGAGGCAAAGGAAGCCAACACAGAAACAGAGUGUGAGAGGAAGCAGGACCAGCUGAAUUUCCUGCUAGAACAUGAAAGUGUCUUCUCAAAUGCAGUCUUGCUUACCCAGGACACACUGAAAAGACUGGAAGAAUGCCCAGAGAUUAAAAGCUCUCAGAAGCAGACCAUAAUGGGAUGUCUCAAGGAUGAAGGAGGAGGCUCAGUAUUCCAGAGAAUCCUGGACAAAGUGCACGAUGGGAGCCUAGAUGUGCAGGUGGUCUUGUCUCUGAUGAGACUGUACCAGGAGUCCACACCUGCAGAGAAGGUGUCUCAGCUUCAGCCAAAAGGGAGCUCAGGGGAGGGAAAGACCUUGUCUGUUCUGUUACUGGAACACAAAGAGGACCUGAUCCAGUGUAUAACACAGCUCAGACCUAUUGUGGAGUUCCUGGAAACAGCCAAGGAGGAAUUCCUGCCUGUCUCCGAAAAAAGGGUGAUUCUGAACUGCUGUGAGGGCAGAACACCCAAGGAGACGAUAGAGAAGCUGUUGCACAGAAUGGCUGAAGAGAAGACCCUGCCUGCGGAGAGCCUGGUAAAACUCCUCCAGGCUGUGAGGACAGCGUUCCCAAACCUGGGCCUCCUGCUGGAGAAUUUGCAGAAAGUAGCGGAGUCACCUAGCACUGCAGCCCUCCCUAGCCCUGAGGACUAUGGUGCUGAGCUGUUGAGAAAGUACCACGAAAACCUGUCUGAGGUUCUCACAGACAACCAGGUGGUGCUGAAGAUGAUCUCACAUGUGAAGAGCUUAGCCCCUGGAGACAGAGAGGUUAUGGAGACACUCGUGAAACAGGACUCUGGCUCAGGGGGCUUCAGUUCCCUGAUGUCAGCAGCUCUGGAAAGGCAGACCCUCUCUGCAACAGCCGUUUGGCAGCUGCUGCUAGUAGCUCAGGAGGCCCAGACCUGCCCACUGAACCUGCUCUUGGAAGAAGUAGGAAGGGAGCCUGGCGCCGGGGCUUUCUUCCGGGCAGUGACUGCCCCAGAGAGCAUUGUGUUGGAAACAAUCCUGAGGCACAGCAGGCUGGUCACAGAGGCCAUCCAGCAGAUGAUGGAGCUCAAGCACUUCUCUUCAGAGGAUGAGCAUCUGGCUGAGAUUGUGAAAGAGAUGCUGAGCAUAUCCUCUGAGACAGUGAGUCCUGAAGUGGCCCUGAGAGCAGUGCUGAGCAAGGGCAUGGAGAAAUCUGUCUCGGCCACUGCACUCUGUCGCCUCCUGUGUAGUGUCCACAAGUCUUUCUCUGGUCUGCAACCCCUCAUGCAGGAAUUGGCACAUGGUGGGUUUCUUACCAAGGAAAAUGGAGAGGAGAGGUUCACGGUGAGUGAUAGCUUUCACUCUGGAGCCAAGGACAAAGAGGAGAAAACAGCCAGUGCAGCCAGAGAAGACUGCCAGCCGACGGAACAAAAGGAUCAGGGGGAACCUGAGUCUGUGCCAGAGCAACAGGAGAAAGACACUUCUGCCUCCCCGGACUCUGCCAAGAAGAGCUUCAUCUGCAAAGCCUGUGACAAGAGCUUCCAUUUCUACUGUCGUCUGAAGGUGCACAUGAAGCGCUGCCGGGUGGCCAAGAGCAGACAGGUGCAGUGUAAGGACAGCAGUGAGACCAAGGACUCGGAGAAGGGGCUGCAGAAGCACCAACUGGAGACCCACGGCACGGCGGGAGAGCCUGACGCCCCCAAGAAGAAGAAGAAGCGGCUGCCUGUGGCAUGCGACCUCUGCGGAAGAGAGUUUGCUCACGCCUCAGGCAUGCAGUACCACAAGCUGACCGAGCACUUUGACGAGAAACCUUUCUCCUGUGAAGAAUGUGGGGCCAAGUUUGCAGCCAACUCCACCCUAAAGAACCACUUGCGCCUUCACACCGGGGACCGCCCGUUCAUGUGCAAGCAUUGCCUCAUGACCUUCACUCAGGCCUCAGCUCUGGCUUACCACACCAAGAAGAAGCACUCGGAAGGGAAAAUGUAUGCAUGCCAGUACUGUGAUGCUGUGUUCGCCCAAUCCAUCGAGCUGUCCCGGCACGUGAGGACCCACACUGGGGACAAGCCAUAUGUCUGCAGGGACUGUGGAAAGGGCUUCCGGCAAGCCAAUGGCCUCUCCAUCCACCUGCACACCUUUCACAACAUAGAAGAUCCUUAUGACUGCAAGAAAUGCAAGAUGAGCUUCCCCACACUGCAAGAUCACCGGAAACAUAUCCACGAGGUGCAUUCCAAGGAGUACCACCCCUGCCCCACAUGUGGGAAGAUCUUCAGCGCCCCUUCCAUGCUGGAGCGGCACAUGGUGACCCAUGUUGGAGGGAAGCCCUUUAGCUGUGGGAUCUGCAACAAGGCCUAUCAGCAAUUGUCUGGUCUGUGGUACCACAAUCGGACCCACCACCCGGAUGUGUUUGCUGCCCAGAACCAUCGGUCACCCAGGUUCUCAUCACUGCAGUGCAGCUCCUGCGACAAGACCUUUUCCAGCACCAUCGAACACAAGAAGCACAUCAAAGCAGAGCAUGCAGAUCUGAAGUUCCAUGAGUGUGACCAGUGCAAGGAACUCUUCCCCACACCAGCUCUGCUGCAGGUUCACGUCAAGUGCCAGCAUUCAGGGUCGCAGCCAUUCCGGUGCUUGUACUGUGCGGCCACUUUCCGCUUUCCUGGAGCGCUGCAGCACCAUGUCACCACGGAGCACUUCAAGCAGUCGGAGAGCACCUUCCCCUGCGAGCUCUGUGGUGAGCUCUUCACCUCCCAGGCCCAGCUUGACAGCCACCUGGAGUCUGAGCACCCAAAGGUAACGGGCACUGAGACCCAGGCAGCUGCUUCUCAGACGGUGCAGGUGAUCCAAGCUCCAGAGCCAGCGGCCCCAGCUGAGCAGGUGAUCACUUUAGAGGAGACUCAGCUUGCUGGCUCACAGGUGUUUGUGACUUUGCCAGAUUCACAGACCUCUCAGAACAGCUCUGAGCUUGUAGCAGUGACAGUGGAGGAUUUGCUGGAUGGUACCGUCACCCUGAUCUGUGGUGAGGCCAAGUGAAUGGCUGCUCCCUCCAGUAGAGGGGGGCUGCACUGUACCAGAGAGGAAGCUCGUGGCCUGCCUGCCUCUGCUCUAGAUGCUGUCCCAAGUGCUGAGCUGCUUGGCUCAGCUCCACCCUGGUGCUCUCACUUGGAAAUCAGAGGCUUCGUUGUC